UUACGUUCCUUGUAAAAGACGAAGUUACAACUACUAGCAAUGAGGAAGAAGAACUUAUCUGUUAUGAAUUGUCUAAUUAUUACGGAAGGGUAAUAAAAUCGGGUUGGCUGCCAGAAUUCGAAAUCAAAAAUUACUUUACUGGCAGCAAUCAAUUUCGAUGA